UCUCAAUUCCAUAUAAUCCCAGCAUCAGCCGCUUUGAUUCUGUUUUGCAAAGACACAGAGAAAUGCCAGGCCCUUUCACCAUCACCUACUUUCCUCUGCGUGGGCGUGCUGAGGUCAUACGGAUGCUACUGUCUGACCAGGGACAGCAGUGGAAGGAGGAUGUGGUGACCCAAGAGCUGUGGCAGAAGGGAGAGCUUAAGAAAUCCUGUCUGUUUGGGCAGUUGCCCAAGUUCCAGGAUGGAGACUUGACCCUCUACCAGUCUAAUGCCAUCCUGAGGCACCUGGCCAGGACAUUUGGGCUGUAUGGGAAGGACUUGAAGGAGGCAACGCUGCUGGACGUGGCAAAUGACGGUGUGGAGGACCUGCGCCGCAAAUAUAUUCAUCUGAUCUUCCAAAACUAUGAUGAUGGCAAAGCAGCCUAUGUGGAGGCACUGCCAACGGAGUUGCGCCCCUUUGAAACGCUGCUGUCCCAGAAUCAUGGAGGACAGACCUUCAUUGUGGGGGACCAAAUUUCCUUUGCAGACUACGAUCUGGUAGAGCUGCUGCAUGCUCACCUGUUGCUGGCACCUGGCUGCCUCAAUGCCUUCCCACUUCUGUCUGCCUACGUGGAGCGAGUAAGCGCCCGGACCCACCUACGUGCCUUCCUUGACUCACCUGCCCAUCGCAACCGGUCCAUCAAUGGCAGGGACAAGCAGUGAUGCCCCCGCUAAACCACAGAUCCACAAUAAUGCUGCUGCCAGGAAA